CAACUACUGAUUUCUAUUUUAUUAUACUCUAGUAUCUAGUACUAUAUAUAUAUAAUAUUAUAGUAUAAUAGUAUUGAUAUCUGUGAAUAACUUUGCCAUUAUCGCGUGACUAUGUCUAGUUGUUUUUUGACGUGUUUUGUCUUGACUGUGGAUCAUGUGUCCGAUGUUUGAUAUCUAUGGUUUAAGGUUAGGUUAGGUUACAACCUGUAGGUUCCAUAUAGUCUAUGCUCUUUAUACAUCUAUAAUUUGUUUGGACAAUUUUUAAUAUUUUAAAAAUCGAUCAGUGAUUUGUAUAUUUUCUUCAAUUUCAAGUUAGUGAUUACUAUAUAAAAAAUGGAUAAUGAAAAUCAAACUGUAAUUUAUAUUCAUAAUUGGAAUGAUAUAUGUCGAUUGUGUUUACGCAAUGACCAACCGCUACAGAAUAUAUUCCUUGAAAUGAAUAUGUUAGAAAAUAUUCAAGAAAUUACAAAUCUUUCUGUAAGUACCUAGUAAUAUUUGUAGAUAUACCUAACCUAAUGUUUAUUUAUUUUAUAGUUCUCUGAGGAAGACUCUUUACCCAAUUCUGUAUGCAAACUAUGUAUUGAUCAAGUUAAUUCAUUUGUUGAAUUUCGAGUGCGUUGUAAAGCUACAGAUGAAUGGCUACGAAAUGAAGCUACAGUUGAUGCUAAGGUAUCUAUUUUUUUAUUAAAUAAUCAAAUCUUCCUUGGUAAAUAGUUUUUUAUCUGUUACAUUGUAAAAUACUAAUAGGUAGCAUGUAUAUAAUAACUAGCAGUUAAUACCGUUGUUCCAAUGUCUCACUAUUCAUUUUUUUUUUUUCUAUUUUUAUUUAAUUGAUAUUGGUUACGUGUAUGUUUCAGGAUAGUAAUGUUGAAAUUGUAGAAGUAGUGGAUAUUUGGAAUGACGGUACUUCACUGGAAAAGAAAGAAAACACUAAUUUUCAAUUAGCUUUAAAAAAUAUUAAUGAUAAAAAUUGUUUAUGUGAAGAUUGUGGGGAAAUAUUUGAAACUUCUAAACAACUUGCGUCCCAUAUUGAAACACAUUCUUCUGACCUUAUUAAAUGUAAAUCCUGUAAUGAGAUUAUAAGUGCGUUAGAUAAUUACAAUUUAGAUCAUUCAUUAUUAAAUGAACAGAGUAAACUUUGUGAAAAUUGUAUAAAACUAAAUAAUAUUGAUAAUUUAGAAGUAAAAACUUCUUAUACAGAAACCGAAGAUGGUUACCUAUGUGAUAAAUGUCAAAAAGUUUUUAAAACACUUUCUGGUAUGUUAUCUCAUUUAAGAAAUUAUGAAAAAAAGUUAGAAAUUGGAUCCAUGUCUUAUCAGUGCCAUUUUUGUGAAGAAGCAUUUGCUACUAUUCAACAAGUUUGGAUACAUAUGAAGACUCAUGCACCUGGUGAAAAAAUUAAAUGUCGUCAUUGUGAAAAAUGUUUCAAAUCGUACUUAACACUUGUACGCCACGAAAAUAAACAUGAAGGGACUUUUAAUUAUGUAUGUUCUUAUUGUGGAAGAGCAUUUGUAACACCAUAUGGCCGUGAUAGACAUGAAAUGACUCAUAAUGCUGCUAAAAAUGUGCAAUGUGAAAAAUGUACAAUGACAUUUUAUACUAGAGCUGAAUACAAUAGACAUAUGAGGUACCACGAUAAUGUUAGAAAUUUUCUGUGUUCAUUUUGUGGUAAACGAUUUUUUGAAAGUGCUCAUAAAACAAUUCAUGAACGCACUCAUACUGGUGAAAGGCCAUUUGCUUGUAUUUUCUGUGGAAAAAAAUUCAUGUCUAAACAAAAAACUCGACGCCAUCAAGCUAUUCAUUCAAAACAUAAGCACACACAUAAAAGUUAAAGCAAACUCUAUUUUUUGAUAGUUUUUGAAUUUGUGUGCACUUUAUCUCUUAUAUAGUUGUGAAUUUGGAAUGUAAUUUCCAUUAAACAAUUAGUUAAUCUCUAUAGAAGGUCCCCAUUCAUUUUCAGUUCAAUCGGUGAUCAUAUCUACCCUAAAGUAUGGCUGACAGGUUUUUUGAAACAAUCAAAUUUUUUUGUUGAUUUAUGGGUUACCUUGGUGAGAUAAUGAAAAGAAUUAUUAUUACUAUUUAAUUUGGUUAUUACAGCAAGGAAGUAUCCUAUUUAAAAGAUUAAUUUUCAUUGUGAAUUUUGAACUGGGAUUUUAACUAAAUGAAUUACCAAUAUUAACUUUCAUAUUAAAUUUAAACAAUUUAUCUGAAAAUAAAGAUAAACAAAAAUGCUAGCUAAUCAUUAUUUCAAUUUCUCUUAACUUAUUUUGGAUUCUAAUCUUCUUAAUAAUUAUAAAUCAUUAUAUAGUUUAAAGACUUAGAUAACUAUAAUAUGGAUAAAUAUAUGAUAAUAUAUUUGUAAUAUAUACAUCAUACAUAUUAGUUUGGUUUUGGAAACCGACCAAUCAUACUGUGGUCGAUUAUCAGCUUUAAAGGUAGUUUAAAAAUUAGUUAAAUGUUAUCAUUUACGUUUGUGAAAGCAAUCCUAAAUGUAAUAAAAUUAAGAAUAAGUAAUAAGUUUAAUAAUAUUUACCUAAUUAAUAAUCAAACUGUAAUAUCUGCGUUAUUUAGUAAUUGUAUAAUAUAGUAUAACAUGGAUUUUUUUAUUUUCCAUUUCUACCAAUUUACCAAUAUCUAAUCGUUUUUUAAUUCAAAGUUAUUUAUUUUUAAUCAUACCUAUAAUAUUAAUUAUUAUUUGAUAUUUGUGUUUGUUUUUUUUAUAAUAUUAAAUAUUCUAUCUGUAUUUUUAAUUUAAAAUUUUUCAUUUUUAUUGAUUCAGUAUUGUGAUUAUGAAAUUUUGCUAGCUAAAAAGUUAGUUCUAAAUCUAUAAUUAAAGUUAAAAAUGUAUAUUAUAAUAUUAUAGUAUACCUAGCUAUUUUACUUUAUAUUUUUUGUAAUAAUAUUUUUAUUUAUUUUUUAACAUAUUAAUUAUUUAUUAUAUAAAUUAUAUAAAUUUCAUUUUAGGAAUCAGAAAAUUAUACUCCUGAAGUAAUUGAAAAUAAAGACAUAUUAUUAGUUGAAUCGGAUCAGUUUGAAGAGCAGCUAAUUGACGAUCCAGACCCCGUUGACGAUGAUCAACAAAUCGAAAAUGAAAUUGAAUUAUCACACUGUAUUGUUCAAACAGAAGGAACUAUGGAAGAAGUAAUGCAAAUAACUGCAGAUGCAGAAAUAUUGGAGACAAACAGUAGUGAUUAUCAGUGUACCGUCUGCGGUAAAGAACUGUUGUCUGCAUACACACUUGGAAAUCAUAUGCGUUCUCAUACCGGAGAACGUCCUUAUGGUUGCAGUGUUUGCGAAAAGUUCUUCAAGACUAAAUCCAAUUUAAAUGAACAUUAUCGGUCAGUUUUACACUAUUCUCUAUAAUUCUAUUUAAUUAUUGAUGGAAGUCAAUAUACAACUAAUUAAUUAAUUAAAACAGUUGAAAUAAGUAGAAAACAGAAAAUAGUAAUAUUAAAUUAUAACUAAACAAAAUGCUAAACCAAUAAGUUAAAAAUAUUAAAACAAUAAGCAAUAAUAAAAUAUUAUCAUCAAUUUUUAUAAUUAUUACGUGUGUUGUUUACACAAUAAACAUUUACAUUUUAUAGUUUCUACACGAUUAUAUUAUCAUUAAAAUAAUAGCAUUCAAUAGUAUACUAUAUUAUUAGGUACAUAGCACAAUAGACGAAAGACAAUUUUUAAUAGGUAGUAAAUCUGGAAUCUAAUAUGAUAAAUAGACCUAUCUAUAGAUAUUAAAAUAGUAAAAAGUGAAUUGUUUAAUAUUCAAUGUUUUAAUUUCCAAUAACAUUAAAUUUUAAAAACAAGUGGUGGGCUACUGUUGUACAUGAGAAGUUCAGAAGUUAAAGUGGAAAUUUAAUCAUUGCUAAUGAAAAACGAUUCUGAGUGGAGUUCGAUUAUACAUGUUUUGGAAGGCCGUAAUAUUUACGAUUUGAUAAAAAUACAUUUCGCACAUUUUCCCGUUGAUUUAGAAAAAUCCUGGGAAAAUCAAAAAACUUUCAGAAAAAGUGUGACACUUGAAAAUCGGAGUAAAAUUUUUGGCAGAAAAGUGGUUCACGGAUCAUUGUAUUAUAUUAUUGUGUACAUUAGAUCAUUGUAAUACCAAUACAUAUACCUCGCUUCACUCAGAAUCUAAAAUCGUUUAAACUGCCAAUAACGGCACAUUUAAAAAAUUAUUGAUAACGUUUUAAUUUUAAAUGACGUUAAACGUAAACGUUGUAUAAGCUUUUAAAUUAAAAUACGUACAAUAUUAAACGUUAAAAUAAAUAUUUUCCAAAUUUAAGCCCUGGAAUUCAUAUCAAAAUUGUAUUACAACAUUAAUUGCGACGCGUUACAGUUAAAAUUAUAAUUUAAACACAAAUAACUUAAUUUAAAAGAAAAAUAUUUCAGAGCACUAUAGAUACAUGGUUUUUCUUGAAAAAAAUUAUCAUACCCACAUACAAGUUAUAGAUAUUUAAAAGAAGCAAUAAUUAACAUGUCUGUAACUUUUUUUUAUUAUUUUUAAAAGAAAAGAAAUUGACUUAGUGUCCUCGAAAAUUAUCUCUUCUUUAAAUUUGUUUACCUAUAUACCUACUCUAAUUUCUACUUAAACGCAACAAUUUACGUUUUAAGUAAUUUUCGUACAUUAUUGAGCAGUAUUUACUAGGAUAGUUAAUGUUGGUUUAGUGUUCUCGUAUUAUAAAUGCAAUUCAAGUUUCUAAACUUUAAUUUGUUUUUACUUUAUGUGUUUUUUUUGUGUCUGUGAAAAACUUUUCUUACCGAAAAUUGUGCUCCGAAGUAUUAAGUACAGUACCUCUUCUACAAAGUAAUUUUAUCUGAUUGAAGCGUUGAGAAGGUAAUUUUUUAAUUUUCCAUGGGAUAAUUGGAAAAAAACAGAAAAAAAUGUAUCGAAAAAACAGCAAAUUAUAUGAUGUAUAUGAUAUACCGCGUCGCGGCGUUACAGAUUUUAUUGUUAAGUCUUUCGAACUAUGUUUUUCUACCAGAAACAUUGCACCAAUUGAAAAAUGACACGAUAUCUAUUUUAUUCCAUUUAAUAUCUACCCACUGACAGAGAAAUUCAUUUAUUAAUAUCUAAAGUAAUUAUCAUAAUAAUUGGGAAAAACCUAAAAUUACGAAAAAUACAAUUUUAACCACGGCGCAACGAUUUCAUUAUUUAAAAUUGUUAAUAUUACAUUUUUCUACCAGAAAUUUUUGUUCAAAUUUCAAGAAUAAGAUAUUUUCUGAAAGAAAAUGUGUUCUAUAGUUUGUGAGUAAGAAAGUCGUUGUUUAAUUGUAUGUAUUAGUUUUCCUAAUAAUUACGAAAUUCCAGGAUAUAACGUAGGAAAUACGGGAAAUAUAUGGCAUUUGGUGUUUUCGUUAUUAUUCGGUUAGUUAAAAGAUAGUGGUUCAAUAUAUGCCUUACUUUUGCUUUACUGUAAAAUAAUAAUUUUGUUUUAUACAUAUAAAUGUUUUAAGCUCAAAUUUUGUGAAAAAUCGUAAAAAUUAUGGCAUUUCAAAAUAUGUCUUACUGAACUCUCCAAGCCGUUUUUCGUUGGCAAUGCAUUAUGGUUUAUCAUUGCGUACAGAUAUAAAUUAAAUAACUAUUCCCGUACCUUUUUUUUUUAUUUACUUUUUAAAAAUAAUUAAGAACUUAAGGCCGUUCUCACCAACGUGAAAAAAGGCGUUUAUCUGAUUCUUAAACUGAGUUUAUGGCUGAUAACCGCCCACAAUUAGUCGAUUAUCCUACAAACUCAGUCUAAAAAUCAACGUUUACGUUUGUGAGAAUGGGCCUUAGUGUUACAGUAGUAAUAAUAAUACCAAAUGUUAGAUUAUAGGUACAUGAUGUUUAUGAAUUUUCAAAGUCACGCACUAUUUUAGAUUCUGAGUGGAACGAAGAAGCUUAUGGUUUUACAAAGAUAUUUAUUUUAUUUUGUAACUGUAAAUUUCUACACGAAAUCUUACUCCGAUUUUUAAAUGUAGUACCUUUUCUGAAAGGAAAUCGAUGUUGGCAGGUACUCUAAGCCGGUCAUUUUUCGAUUUUCUUAAGAGUUUUUUCAUUAAACAUGUAAAACUGAAAUAAAACGGGGAAAUGUUCAACAUAUAUUAAUGAAAUAUUACGAAUUUUUUCUUUUCUGUGAACAAUUUUUCUAUCAGCAAUUUCGCUCCGAUUUACAAUGAUAUUACACUUUUUCUAAACGGAAAUCCGACUGGGGAGGUACUUUAGAGGGAUCAUUUUUUGAUUUAAUCAGGAUUUUCCUCAACAAUUGGGAAAAAUAUGGGAAAAUCGGUACAACAUUAAACAAAUAUUGUUAAAAAAUAUACACAAUCCUUAUUUAAUUAUUUUACCAUAAUAUGAAAUAUUAUAUAUUGUUGACAAAGCAUUACUAUCAACUGAACUCUGUUCAGAAUCGUUUUUUCGUUAGCAAUGGCUUAUCGUUGCUUACGGGUAUACAUUGAAUUACUCGUCUAUAACAGUGACUACACCCGACUCCGUUAUCCUAGUACAGAUUUGUCGGUUUUCUUCGUGAUACGUAAAAAUCGUAUACGGUAAUAGAUAGAUUUAUCGUUAUUAUUAUUAUUUUGCAGAGUUCAUAAUCCGGAACUGCGUUGGAUGAAGACAUCAAGCAGGGACAUCCCGUCGAUAACUCGGGUGACUGUCACGUCGGAAGACAUGCUGACGUGCAGCUAUUGUUCUAAGGUCUUUACGUCGUUGGACGCGUUGUCUGCACACGAACGCACUCACGACGAUGAUGAACUACGUCAACAGCAAACGCUACUGUUGCAGACUCCGGAAGAAAUGCUACAGGCCUCGGUCAACGCCGUGAUGACGUUUACAUGCGAACAGUGUAACAAAAACUUCACGUCCAAGUCGUUACUGUCCGCGCACAUAAGCAACAACUGUUGUUCGAAUGCGGCGGCGGCGGCGGCGGUAGGUGCGGUCGUCAACGCGGCCAAACGGCCGACGGCGGACCACCGGCAUCGGCAAUGUCCGUACUGCAACAAGCAAUUCCGCUCGGCCGUCACCUUGGAGAACCACAAGCGGGUGCACACCAGAGAGAAGCCGUUUGGUUGCGACGCUUGCCCCAAAGUAUUCCGGACCAAGGGGAACCUGCUGGAGCACAAGCGCGUGCAUAACAACAGCCUGUGGCUGAUGAAGAGCGACACCAAGUUGCCGGCCACGCACCACGACACCGGCGCCGUGGUCGAGCGGUUCCGGUGCACGUACUGCGCGAAACCGUUCCGGACGUACACGGCCAUGUUGAACCACGAGCGCGUGCACACCCGCGAAAAGCCUUUCGAGUGUUCUGUGUGCGGCAAAUUGUUCCGGACCAAGUCAAACAUGACCGAACACAUGAAGGGCUGUCACGAUAUCGACUCGUCGGCCUGUGGCGGCACGGACGAGGUGCAAGUGUUCACGUUCAAGAACCAGGCGGCGUUCUGCAAGUCGUAAGCGGUAGCCGACAGUAAUUUCGCGGAGACCGCCGCGCGUCGUAUAUAUAAAACACCACACUCUAAUCAUAUCGUAUGAGACCGGUACGCGUGCUGUCAACGGCGGCGGUACUGAAUAAUGUUUUUCUCGUAUUGUUUUUCGGUAUGCUAUUGUGUAUUUUAAUGUAACGAACGCGGUUUACACGUAAAACAGUGAAAUAUAUUGUAUUAUAGUUUACAUUUUCGCAUUUUGCAAAUAGGUACACGUUUACAUCACGUAACAAUUUUUGGUUUUUUUUUUUUUUUUCUUAUUAUUAUUAUUAUUAUAUACAUAAAACAUAAUGUUAAUUCGACAUUUAUCUGAGUUGGUUUCGUAUUUAUUAAUAUUUUUUUUUAUUAUUUUUUUUUUUUUCCCGUACAUUUCAGGCAAUAUAUUAUCAUUAUUAUCAUAGCGUUGAUACAUUUACAAUAUAAUAUAAUAUCGUUACAAUUUUUAAACAGUAGUCGGUAUUCGAAUAUUAUUGUUAAACAGCACAAUAACAUUAUACGUAGGUACGAUUUUUUAUCUACACAACGAUGACGAUAACAAUAAUUAAUAAUAAUAAUAAUAAUAAUAAUAAUUAAUAAUUAAUAAUAUUACGCGAUUAUUACAAGUAUUAAUAAUAAUUUACAAGACCACGGGUGAUACAUUCAUACGAACUGCCAAAACGUAUAUAAUCGUUAUAAUAUCUUUUAAAAAAUAGUUCAUCCUCCUUCCCGAUAUCAUUGUUAUUGUUGUUGUUGUUGUUGUUAUACUACUACGCGGUUUACGUCAAUAUGCAUAACAAUCAGUACAACAAUAACGUUGUCGCCGGCUCGUGACUGUCGCUGUCGUCGUUACUUGACAAGUUGAUGAUGUCACUGCAAGCGGGGCCAAUACUGCGAGGACAGGUCCGCCGUGUGUCCCGGCACCGCGAUAGGCACGGAAACGCCGGGCGAUAUGAGACCUGU